GCUAGUGGCCAGAGAGGAAUACAUACCUACCCAUCUUCUUCAUAAAAACUGAUUGGUUGAUUCUACUCUUUCAACUCCAACAACGUUAAAAUCUGUUAAAAAUCUGUCUGAACGACAUGGCCAAAACACCCAUCAAAUACUAUGUGGUUGACGCGUUCACCGACUCGGCCUUCAAGGGAAACCCAGCAGCGGUUUGUUUGUUGGAGGAAGAGAGAGAUGAUGAAUGGCUGCAAGCCGUUGCUGCUGAGUUUAAUGCCUCCCAGACUGCUUACUUGACUCGGAUCACCAACUCAGCCUCUCCAAACCCCAGGUUUCGUCUUAGAUGGUUCACCCCAGUAGCUGAGGUUAGGCUAUGUGGUCAUGCAACCUUAGCAUCUGCUCACACACUCUUCUCAACUGGUUUAGUAAAUUCAGACAUAAUCGAAUUCGAUACACUAUCUGGAAUCCUAACUGCUAAAAGGGUUCCAGAUGCUAAUCCGAUCAAUGUCUCCAAGAUUCAGAACGGGGAAAUUAAUCACGGCUUUCUGGUUGAGCUGAAUUUUCCUAUGGUUCCUGUCACCCACUUCAACUCUGCCGAGAUUUCAGUUAUUUCAAAAGCCGUGAAUGGUGCCCCUCUGAUUGAAAUCAAGAGAACGACUACCGCGGAUGAUAUCUUUGUUGUGCUCCCAUCUGGAAAAUCUGUCAUUGAAAUGGAGCCACGGUUCGACGACAUCUUGAAAUGCCCUGGACGAGGCCUAAUUGUUUCAGGGGUUGCUCCUCCAGAUUCUGAAUUCGAUUUUAUUAGUCGGUUCUUCUGUCCUAAAUUAAGUAUAUAUGAGGAUCCAGUUUGCGGGAGUGCACACUGUGCCUUGGCACCCUAUUGGAGCCAAAAGCUGGGAAAGUUUGAUUUGGUUGCACAUGCGGCAUCACCUAGAGGUGGAAUAGUUAAGAUCCAUGUAGACGAGCAAAAUCACAGAGUGCUUCUGCGAGGAAAAGCUGUUACUGUGAUGGAAGGGUCUAUUUUGGUCUAAGAUUUGGAGUUUAAACUCUGUCCUGGAUGUAUGCAUGGUGAAUUGCAGAUUAUGAUUGUUUUUGGGAGCAAACAAUGCCCUGCAGUUUUAAUUUUUGACUUUUUAGUCAUGGUUUAAUGGGGUUUCU